AUGCAGGCUGGAAUUUCAAUAUUUUUUCUCUUUUUACACAUUCCUAUAUUUUUUGUAAACUGCUCGAAUUCCACAAGCUGUGUUGCUCGAGAAGAAUUUCAAUGCAAAAUGGAUGAUUCUUGUAUUUCAAUGAAAAAAUGGCAAGAUGGAGUUGAUGAUUGCUAUGAUGGAAGUGAUGAAGUGUGCCUGCCAUGGCAAUUCGACUGUCAGUUUGGAUCACCUCGAUGUAUUUCAAAAAACAAAUUGCACGACAAAAAGAUCGAUUGUUAUUCUGGUUUCGACGAAGGAUGUCCUGCUCACUAUUUUGUGUGUCGAGAUAGAAGUGCAUGCAUUGAACCAUCGAAAUAUCUUAAUGGUGUUGCUGAUUGUAAAGAUAAGUCGGAUGAACCAUGCGCACAGAAUCAAUUCCAAUGCUCGGAUGGCACAAAAUGUAUUCCAAAAGCUCAAUUUCAAGAUGGAAAAGAAGAUUGUGAUGAUGGUUCAGAUGAAGAAUGUACUACAUCUCAAUUUGCAUGCCAAUGUGGAACCAUUAAAUGUGUUUCUGAUACUUUUAUAAUGGAUGGAAACUGGGAUUGUGAAGAUGGUUCCGAUGAGUUUAUCAAUAAAACGUUGACAGCUAAUUGCACGAGAAACAAUAAAGUCAACAUUGCGACCAAUUCACUUUCUUUGGGAAAACUUAAAUUUUGCUCAGGAAAGAAUCCGUGCAAGCCUGAGUUAGGACAAGUUUGUGUGAUAAUCGGUGGAACUUGGCGAUGUGUCUGUAAGCUGGGAACAUUUCGACCACUAGGAUCCGAUAAAUGUAUUCCAAUUGAACUUCUGACAAGAUAUCGAAAUGCUCCAAGUAGUAAAUGCUCAAAUUCUCAUGAAGAACAAUUUGGUCUGCUGCAAGGAUUUCAAAAGAGUCUAUCAUCAAGAAAAGAAUUAGAAAGAUGGAGUAAUAUUCGUAGAGCUCCUCCAAGAACAUUAUCUGGUACUACACCAAGUGGGAGUGAUGGUUUCUUAAAAAGUGGUGCUGAACAGGUACCAUUCAUGUUUCAAGAAGAUAAGAAUUAUGUCAGUGUGAUACCCGAUGAAAUAAUAGACAGUUAUGGGACUAUUAUGACACCUCCCGAAUUCCACUUCAAUCGAGAUGAUAUUAGAUGUGGUAACAAGACAUGCGGACUCCAUGAAAGCUGCCAAAAGAAUAGUGAAUCAAAAUAUGAAUGUAUUUGUCGAGAGGGGUUUACCAUAUUUGAAGGGACUUGUCGUGAAUUAAUUGAUGAAUGUGCUCAAGGAAAACACGAUUGUCACCCAGAAGCUCGAUGUGUAGAUGCUCUUAUUGGAUAUGAGUGUCUUUGCAGAGAAGGGUACCUGGAUACUUCUAUCGAUCCAAAAGCAAGACCAGGCAGAAAAUGCCGAAAAUUAAUCAACGAAUGCACAAAUGCUUUAAUGAACGAUUGCUCUCAGAAUGCAAGAUGUUUAGACAAACCAAUUGGAUACACUUGCAGAUGUCAAGAUGAUUACGUCGAUGUUUCCAGAGAAGGAGCAAGAAAACCUGGAAGAAAUUGCACGCAAGCAAUAAAUGAGUGUGCAUCAAACUUACAUAACUGUGACACACAUGCUAUUUGCCAAGAUCAACCAGUUGGGUACUCAUGCAGAUGCCCCUUCGGUUUUAUUGAUUCCAGUCCGACAGCGCUGGAGCCGGGAAGAAAGUGUGUUCAGGCAAAUAAUGAAGCUGCCACCACUUCAACCACAACAUCUCAAUGUAUCAAAGAGAAAAAUGGGGAGACUGUAUGCAAAUGUCUUCUAGGAUAUAAGAAUGUUGGAACAAAAACACAUUUGAAUUGUCAAAUGGAGAAAAGAGCAAAUCCAUGUCAAGAUUAUUCACUUCAUGAUUGUGAUCCUGUAGCCGAAUGCUUUUCCGAACAACCGGGAUACUUUCAAUGUCAAUGUCCAAAAGGAUUCACUGAUUCUUCGGCAGACAAACGGUUUCCUGGUCGAAAAUGUGUGAGAGCUGUGGACGAAUGUGCUCUCGGUCGACAUACAUGUGAUCCUCAUGCCGAUUGUAUUGAUACUCAUCAGGGAUAUACAUGUAAAUGCAGAAGCGGUUGGUCUGAUACUUCUCUCGAUCCCCUCCGUAGCCCUGGGCGUAGUUGCAAAAAAGCCGACAUGUGUUCGAACAUUGACUGUGCGGCUGAAGCUGAGUGCCGAGAGACACCAAUUGGACCCAUGUGCCAAUGUGUCAGUGGAUACGUGGAUGUUUCCAGACAACACGGAAGACCAGCUGGAAGAGUCUGUCGAGCUGUAGUGAAUGAGUGUGCUGAAGGAAGACAUGAUUGUUCAUCCCAUGCAACUUGUAUUGAUACUGCUGAUGGGUUCACUUGUCGUUGCAAGGAUAGCUAUAGAGAUGAGAGUUCGGACACUUUGAAGCAUCCCGGAAAGAAUUGCGUUAGAACUGUGCAACCUGAUCCGCCAGAGUGUGAUGUUAGUGAUCCAAUGAGCUGUGAUCCAGCAAAACGGGAAGUGUGCAUAUUUGUGGAGAACACUUACAAAUGUAGAUGUGCAAAUGGAUAUUCUCGACUUCCGGAUGGAAGAUGUGUUGUAAUCAAUGAAUGUGCUGAACCAAGAUUGAAUACUUGUGGAAAGAAUGCAGAAUGUAUUGACUUGGCCGAAGGUUACACCUGUCAAUGUAGAAGUGGAUACGCAGACAUCUCACCAGUUUCUCAACCGGGAAGAAUUUGCCGUGCUCGAGUGAACGAAUGUAGCAACAAAGAAAAAUACAACGUAGACUGUUCUGAAAAUGCAAUCUGCGCGGAUACCGAACACAGCUACUCUUGCCGCUGUCGUCCCGGGUUCGCAGAUGUCUCUGCCGCGUUCAACAAACUUCCAGGACGUCGUUGUAUCGAAGCAGUCAACGAAUGUGCAUCGCCAAGUCUUAAUGAUUGUUCGAAGAAUGCAUUCUGUGAAGAUGCAAAAGAGGGAUAUAUUUGUACUUGCCGUCCAGGAUAUGUUGAUAAUUCACCGAACGCUGCUCGUCAUCCAGGAAGAAUUUGCACGAAACCUGUUGAGAAGAUAAAGACUGAUUUGAAGGACACUUCAUUUUCAACUGAUGAUGGUUGUGAUCCAAAGAAUCCAAAGUGUGGGGCAAAUGAAGCUUGUGUUCAGCGGCAUGGGCAACAUAAUUGUGAAUGUGUUGAAACUGCUUUUAGAUAUACCGAUGGAAGCUGCAGAGUCUACUCUGCUUGUUCAAAACGUAACACUUGCGACAAAAACGCUAUUUGCCUGAAUCGCUUCGACUCUUACACUUGCCAAUGUCGUCCAGGAUACAUUGAUUUAUCGGCGGAUCUCACGAAUGCACCAGGACGAAUCUGUAAAGAAUUGAUCAAUGAAUGCGCAUCGUCCGAUAAUGAAUGUUCCCCGUAUGCCAGAUGUAUUGAUGCCACUAAUGGAUAUGCUUGUCAAUGUCUUGAUGGAUUCAUUGAUGUGAGUAGCAGAUACAAUAAACCACCUGGUAGACAAUGUACAAACUCAAAUAAUGAGUGCUCUGAGAAAUCAUUGAAUACUUGUGAUGAGAACGCAGACUGUGUUGAUACUCCGGAUGGAUACACGUGUCAAUGUUACGGUGGAUUUGUGGAUGUUUCCUCGAAUGCAAAUUUACCACCUGGACGUGUUUGUACAGUGCAGACCACCUGUCCAAAACAAAAAACCGAUCUCGUUUUCUUGAUUGAUGGAUCUGGUUCGAUUGGUUCCUAUGUUUUCAAGAAUGAGGUGCUUCGAUUCGUCAGAGAAUUUGUGGAACUAUUCGAAAUUGGCAGAAGUAAGACGAGGGUCGGAUUGAUUCAAUAUUCCGAUCAAAUUCGUCAUGAGUUCGAUUUGGAUCAAUAUGGAGACAGAGACUCUUUGUUGAAAGGAAUCUCUGAGACACAAUACCUGACAGGGUUGACUAGAACUGGAGCAGCAAUUCAACAUAUGGUUCAAGAAGGAUUCAGUGAGAGACGUGGAGCAAGACCGCAACAGAGUGAUAUUGCAAGAGUUGCUAUUAUUCUUACUGAUGGAAGAUCACAAGACAAUGUGACCGGACCAGCUGAUUCAGCUAGAAAACUUUCAAUCAAUACAUUCGCAAUCGGUGUUACUGAUCACGUUUUAGCCAGUGAACUCGAGUCAAUUGCUGGAUCUCCGAAUCGUUGGUUCUAUGUGGACAAGUUUAAGGAUUUGGAUACACGACUACGUUCAAUGAUUCAAAAAGCGGCUUGUCCUUCUCCAACAAAACAAGAAACACCAUCAGAGGAUGUUUGUAAUCCGAGAACUCAAACUGGAUGUGACAGAAGUCUGAAUGAACACUGUGCAGUUGAAAAUGGAAGACCAAGAUGUGUAUGUCCAGAAGGGUUCACAAGACAUCCAUUCACACGUGUAUGUGGAGGAGAUCUCUGUAAUCCACAACUGAUCACUUCGUGUAUUUUCCCAGAAGAAUGCCAAAUUACUCCGUAUAAGAACUUCAGAUGCUCCUGCCCAGAGGGAUAUAACAGAGACUAUAGAAGCGGAUUUUGUGUGUCAGUAAAAGAAGUUCAAAUUUCACCACAACACGAUGCAAACUGCCAUAACGGGGGUGUCCGUUGUUCAGAAAACGAGAGAUGCACCAAUGAUGGGUCCGAUUGGUUCUGUGAAUGUCUUCCAGGAUUUGAACGAAUUCGGAAUGGACAGUGUGCUUAUCCAGGAUCAUGUAAUCCAAAUGAUCCAAUGUCUUGUGAUGUGAGAAAGAGACAGCAAUGUCUGCCACGCGGAAAUAUCUAUACUUGCCAGUGCGGACGAAAUGAGAAGAGGCAUCCGAUCACCGAUAUUUGCUUGAAAAACGAAUGUCUAACGGGUGAGCACGAUUGUGAUCGUUCUGCACGUUGUAUCGACACUGAUGAGAGUUAUAUCUGCGCUUGUCAGUCAGGAUUUAUCGAUCAUUCUCCAAAUCCGUCAGAGAGACCUGGAAGAGUAUGUGUUGCUCUGCAAAAUGAAUGUCUUGAUGGAUCAAACAGAUGCUCACCGAACGCAUUGUGCACUGAUACUGAAGAAGGUUACGUCUGCCGAUGCAAGUCUGGAUUCGUCGACUACUCACCAAAUCCUCAAACAUUCCCUGGAAUGGUUUGUAAGGAGUUGGUCAAUGAAUGCACAAAUCCGCGUCUUAAUCAAUGUGACCGUAAUGCUCAUUGUAUUGAUACAAUUGAAGGGUACUCGUGUAUUUGUAAACCUGGAUUCGUUGAUAUGGAUGAAUUUGGAAAUCCAGGAAGGCGAUGUGAACAAAUAAAAACAAAUGACAAGUGCUCUCCUGGAAAGAAUGAUUGUGAUCGAAAUGCUCGAUGCAUUCAAAUUGGAGAUGAUGAUUAUUCGUGUGCAUGCCCUCCAGGAUUCAAGGAUAAAUCUCCGUCUUCUUCGCGGCCUGGAAGACUUUGCAUUCCAGUUAUUCCGGAAUGUGAUAACCCGACUUUGAAUGACUGUGACUCUCCGGAUAGAGCUGUUUGUACCGACACUGAUGAUGGAUAUAUGUGUAGAUGUCGCCAAGGAUUUUUAGAUAUUUCACCAAGUAUUUCAGUUAAACCAGGAAGACUCUGCAAACCUCUACAAAACGAGUGUGCACUUGGAAUCGAUGAUUGUGCUCGUGAUGGAGGUAUCUGUGAAGAUAAUCCUGACUCUUUCACCUGUCGUUGUGCAAUGAACUACUUGGAUGUUUCAUUCGACAGAGUUACCCGACCUGGAAGAAAAUGUAAAAGAUUAAUAAAUGAGUGUCAAACAGGACAGAAUGAUUGUUCGGAGGAAGCAACAUGCACAGAUACUGAAGAUAGUUAUAUUUGUGCUUGUCCUCAAUCCCACAUUGAUUUGUCACCGGAUACUGUUAAUAGACCAGGAAGACGCUGUUUGAUGAGAAUCAAUGAGUGCACAUCCAAUCGCCACGAUUGUUCUCCAAACGCUGAUUGCAUUGACACUCCGGAAUCCUACAAAUGUCGUUGCCGUGAUGACUUUGUCGACGAAUCACCCGAUUCUUCUCGACGCCCUGGAAGAAUCUGCCGUCCGGCACUUGUCGAUGAAUGUAGAACCGGAAAACACGAUUGUCAUGUUAACGCGAUUUGUCAGGAUCUUCCACAAGGCUACACAUGUCAGUGCUCUGCAGACUUUGUGGAUGUAUCUCCGCAUCGUGCAUCACAUCCUGGAAGACUGUGCCAGCCUCGUCCAACACCACCACCACCAGAGUGUCGUCUCGAUGGAGGAAAUCAAUGUAAAGUUCAUUUGAAUGAAGUAUGCAGAUUGAUGGGUGGAGAACCGAAAUGCUCCUGUCCGGUGAACUAUCAACGGGAUUCUUCUGGGUCAUGUUCCAUCAUCAAUGAAUGUUUGUUCACUCAAUUGAAUGAUUGCCAUACCGCUGCGGAUUGCAUCGAUCAGGUUCAAGGUUACACGUGUCAAUGUCGGGAUGGAUUCAAAGACAUUGGAGACAGGAGGCGACCUGGUAGAAUGUGUAAGCCGAUGGUUAAUGAAUGUCAAUAUCCUCACUUGAAUGACUGUCAUCAAAAUGCUGCAUGCAUUGAUCUUGAGGAAGGUUAUGAAUGUAAAUGUAAUCAAGGAUUUAUGGAUCACUCUCACGGACGACCUGGAAGAAUUUGUAAGCAAUUGACCAAUGAAUGCCUGAGACCUUCUCUCAACUCUUGUGAUAGAAAUGCUCGUUGUAUUGAUAAGGAAGAAGGAUACGAAUGUGAGUGUAGAGAUGGAUUCAUUGAUGUUUCACCAUCUCCAACACUCAAAGGAAGAGCUUGUCGUGAACUUGUCAACGAAUGUGCCAAUUCAAGACUCAACGACUGCGACAAAAAUGCUCGUUGUAAGGAUACUAUGGAUUCUUAUGAAUGUGACUGCCCAGUCAACUCCAAAGAUAUUUCACCAAGUCCUUCGUUCCCUGGAAGAGUUUGUCUUAUGUUCAUUAAUGAAUGUGAAAGCGGAGUCCACGACUGUGAUCCUUCCGCCACAUGCAGGGACAAUGAGCAAUCGUUCACUUGUGAAUGUCCAUCUGGAUUCGUUGAUCGGUCGCCGAACAAGCACGCCAGACCUGGAAGAGUUUGUGUUAAACUUGUUGAUGAAUGUCGCGAAGGACGACACACAUGCAGUAGUCACGCUGAUUGUCGUGAUCUUGAAGAGGGUUACACUUGUGAGUGCCGUGAUGGAUAUGUCGAUCGUUCGCCAAAUCUUGCCAGUCAACCAGGACGUGUCUGUUCUGCUCCAGAAGUCUGUCCUCCAAAUCAUGAUUGCUCAUCUGCUGCUGUAUGUGAACCACUUGGAGGAAUGAAGUAUCAAUGUGUAUGUAUUCAAGGAUACGUAGAUCAAUCUCCAGGAAGUCAGAAGGGAAGAGUUUGUGUCAGAAACAAUGCUUGUCAUGAUCCACGACUCAAUACUUGCUCGCGUAAUGCUAUUUGCUAUGACGAACCAAGAGGAUACAGAUGUGAAUGUAAACGAGGAUUCAUGGACAGAUCCCCCGAUUCUUCUCAACGUGGAAGAGUCUGCGAACCACCCCCACCACCAUCUCCACCACCACGUCAUCCAUGUCAGGAUCCUGAGAGAAACGAUUGUCAUCCAGCUGGAACUUGUCGUGCAACUGGUGCUCAGAGCUACACUUGUGAAUGCUUAUCUGGAUAUGCUGAUCGCUCACCAGAUCCGAGAAACAAGCCAGGAAGACUAUGCGUCCUCACGGAGCCAGUGUGCUUGGAUCCAGAGCAAAAUGAUUGUCAUGCAGCUGCAAUUUGCAGUGAAGUGAAUGGACCUGAAAAGUACACUUGCAAGUGCCGAGAUGGAUACACAGAUGAGUCUCCGGAUCCACUUCGUCGGCCUGGAAGAAUCUGUAAGGGAUUGAUCAACGAAUGUCUUGACCGAUCACUGAAUGAUUGUCACUCACUGGCAGUUUGCAAAGAUCUUCCGAAUGGAUACACAUGCCAGUGUCCGAUCAACGCAAAGGAUCAGUCGCCUGAUCCUCGAAAGCCAGGAAGGAUCUGUUCAUUGUCUGUCAAUGAGUGUGCCAAUCCAUCAUUGAAUAGCUGUUCUGCUUUUGCCGAUUGUUUUGAUGAGGAGAAUGGAUAUAGAUGUAGAUGCCGUAAUGGUUAUCAUGAUGAUGAUCCAGCUCAUCCAGGACACCGAUGCUCGUUCAUGAUUAACGAAUGUGACUCUUCAAACCUUAAUGACUGUGACAGAAAUGCAAACUGUAUCGAUACAGCUGGAGGAUAUGACUGUGCCUGUAAAGCACCUUAUCGCGAUGAAGGACCACCACAGUCACCAGGAAGAAUAUGCCGUCUCAAUGAAUGUCUCAAUCCAAACAGAAACACUUGUGACCGAAACGCUGAUUGUCGUGAUUUGGACUAUGGGUACACUUGUACUUGCCGUCACGGAUUCUAUGAUCAAUCACCGAAUCCACAAGAACCCGGACGUAUCUGUAUCGAGUUCCAACAAGAGGAACAUAUCGAGCGCGUAAAGGUCACCACAGUCCAGUCAGAACCACGACGAGAAUUCCCGUGUGGAAGAGAUGAUUGUAUAAAGGCGAGAGGAGAAGUGUGUAUCAGUGGAGAAUAUUGCGGAUGUAAACCAGGAGAGGGAAGAUCUGCGAGCACCGGGAAAUGUCAAGAAGUUCAGGAAACUCCAUUUGAGUUAAGAGUGGUCACUAGAGAUCAAAGACCUCUUAUGUAUUCUACCGAGUUCGGCUCUCAAAAGAGCCCAUCGUACGUUGAAAUUGUGGAACUCUUCGAGAAAAAUAUGGCUAGAACAUUCGGUGGAACGUCCCUGGCGCCAAGAUACGUGAACACCAAAGUUGAUUACAUCACUCAUCCGAAGACAAAGAACAGUUCAUGGGAUCAAGGAUUGCUCUUCAAAUAUGAAGUUCAGACGACAAAGUCUCAAAGUCAACCAAUUGAUGAAUGCGAAUUAUGGAAACAAAUGCAAGCAUCUUUGGAUAGAACGAAUGGAGCCAUCGGUGGUGGAUCUUUGCGUGUUGCUUCUGAUACCGAUCUUUUGAAUCCAUGCAAACAACAAGAGGAAUGGGGUAAUUGUGGAGGAAUGAGCUGCAAGGAACACUUGAAAGAAGUUUGCAUUGCUGGUCACAUUUGUGGAUGUCCCGACGGAAUGAAACGAAGAGAUGCUAAUUCUGAAUGCCGUGUUGUUGAGAGUUGGAAUGUUCCACUAUGGGUUGUUCGGGACAAGGAGAAGCCAAUUGUGUUUAGUGAAUCAUUUGAUAACCCACAGACACCUGUUUAUAAGGAUUACUCGAAACGUCUUGAAAAGGGAAUUGAAGGAUGUUACCCUCAUACUGAACUUAAGAAUGCAUUUGUGACAGCUGAAGUUAACGAUAUUGUGAAUCCAGUGUUGAUGAAUGCAUCAUAUGAUACCGGACUUCUUUUCAAUACGACUGUUCACUUCCGAAAGGGAAUGGUUCAUGUCCCAUCUGAUGCUUACUACCAGCUUAUUAAAUACGUCACCAAGGAAAAUAACAAUGAAGUCGGAGAUUCUGAGUUGUACCUGAACCCAACUCAACCAGAUCCAUUCAACCCAUGCUUCAAGAAUGAUUGUGACCCACACGGAAAAUGCAUUGAGAUAUCGAAAUACGCCUACAAAUGCGAAUGUGGCGUUGGAUACCGGGAUAUCAAUCCUCAAUCACCUGGAAAGAAAUGCUUGCCAGUUCAUGGAUUCAAUGAAUGUGAACGGAAAGAAGAUAAUGAAUGUAGUGAAAAUGCUAGAUGUAUUGAUCUAGAGCAUCUUUACAAAUGCGAAUGCUUACCUUCUUAUUAUGAUACAUCACCUGUCGGUAGUGUUCCAGGAUCUCUUUGUGUUUUGGAUUACUGUAGUGAUGUGAACUUCUGCCCAACAAACACAACGUGCAAGAAUAUGGAACAACAGGCAGAAUGCAAAUGUGAUGCUGGUUUUAUGGAUAUUCGAAAAUCAGAAAAGAGAACAGCACUGAUGCUUGGAGAUGAUACUUUGUGUAUGCACGUCAGAGAUGUUGAUGAGUGUGCUCUUGGAUUGAAUAAUUGCUCAGGAGUUGCUCACUGUAUUGAUAGAGCUGUUGGAUAUACCUGUAAAUGCCCAGAUGGAUACAUUGACGGAAAUCCAGAUGAGCCAGGCCGAGUCUGUGGAGCACUUCUUUGUGAUUUGUGCAAUGCUCACGGAGAUUGUGUUCACAACACUGCAACUAAUAAUAUCACAUGCGUCUGUACGGAUGGUUGGACAGGUCCACAGUGUCAAGUUGCUCCAUCGAAUGCUUCAUUGGUUCUUUUGAUUCUUCUUGCUCUUCUUUUCCUUCUUCUCACUCUUUGUUGUCUCUUGUACUUCUGUACUAAAUGCCACUGCUUCAAGGGAAGACGGUUCGCUGGUGCUGGAGCAAACGGAUUCGGAUACAGGAGAGGUGGAGCAUGGCCAUGGUCAACUUUGGAAGGAUCCGCGUCUUCUGAGUCAGGUGCAGAGUUCUCAGCAAUGAGUGCAGCUGGAAACGAUUACUAUCCAGAUAUUGGAAUCCCCAGAGCCAAACUGAAGUCCGGAAUGAUGGCGUCAGGAAAUACAGCAGAAGUUAGAAAUAUGGAAGUGGCUAGGCUGGAUCAGUAUUUGGAUGAGAAUGCAGUUAGAAUUCCACGGGCUCAUUUGGUAGAUGCUCAUGGUGAUACUUCAUUUGAUAGUUUAUCAGAAGCAUCUUCUGAAUAUACGAUCAAGGAAGAAAUUGAAAGAAAAGUGAUCACUGAUGUAACAACAAAGGAAAUCAAGACAACGACAACUACUGAUGAGCAGGGAAAUACAAUUGUGACCACAACAGAAGCAGUUCAUCCAAGAGAUACCACGAUUGUACACGGAGGAGGUUAUACGCAAAACGAAUCAAGUAGCUCAUCAUUUUCCGGUGGAGAAAGAGCAUAUCAAUCUCAAUCCCAACAGCAACAGAGUAUGUCUCAAGGAAUGUCUCAAAGUAUGUCGCAGCAUGCAACGUCCGCUGGAUAUUCAAGCUCAGGAAUGGAGAGCUCAGCUCAUAACAGUGGAUAUGCAAGUAUCAGACAUACUGGAGAGAGAGAACGCGGGGGUAGUGAAGAAGAAUUCUCAAUUGGCCGAGCUCGUGGAAUGGCUGCAGCUUCCAGCGGAUAUCAACAUUCCAGUUCGGAGAAUCGAGAAGUUGAAGAAUAUUGUUCAGAAGAAGAAGAUGUUGAGCACAGUGUCGGUGACAAAAGAACAAUAGUCACAAAGAAUCACAGUUAUGAGCCAUUUGUGAAUGGAGAAUCUGAGCGAUUUAAAACUGAAGUUGUCACAAGCCAAACUUCAACUCAUGUAACCAAAAAGUAGAUAUGUUUUUCUUAUUUUUCAAAUUCAAUUAUCCCAAUUAAUAUGUUCUUAAAUACGUGUAUUUUGCCCCUUCAUUUAGAUACGCGUAUCUUUUUUUGCAUUUUCCAGCCGCCUGAGAUGAGUCGGUGACUUCAAAAAUUAAUUGCUCACAAAUUGUUCUUCUAUUCAAUCUUAAUCAAUUUCGCCAAAGUGUUUUUCAUUUAUUGUUCUUGCCGUUUUAUUUUGUAUUUAUACAUUUUUUUAUUAUCCAAUGAAGCUUCGAUUUUAUU